UGGCUCUCGAGCAGGGGGCCGCGGCGGCCGGGGUCGCCCAGCUAGAGCCACCGGCUACAGUUCAUCGCCCCCGCGAGGCGAGGCCACAGAAGUCGCGCUGGCCCUUCGCCAACUCCUGCCACCACCACCGCAGAGGAACGACGGCCGACCACCGUCUCCGCCGCGCUCUCGAGGCGCGCGGCGUUCUUGGCCCCGUCCGGCCACCGUUGCUUUCUAUACAGCGGCGCCCCUGACCCGGAAGAGCAUUCUCCUUAGCAACUGCGGGACCGCGGCGGCGCCAGCCUCCCGGGAGCGACGCUAGUGACACCUGAGCCACUCAAGGCAGGAAGAACUCUGAGCUGAGCAGUGGAGGCCUCUCUGGAUCUGGAGAGAAGAGGUCACCUUGGAACCAGUAAUGAGCCAUCCUGACUGCAGGCUGAACCUCCGGCCCCUGGGGACCCCCAGAGGUGUGUCCUCUGUGGUUGGCCCACAUGGUGUUGGUGCUUCGCCAGGUGACAAAAAGGCAAAGAGCAAGUCCGUACGAGGGAAGAAAAAGAGCAUAUUUGAAACCUACAUGUCCAAGGAGGAUGUUUCAGAAGGCUUGAAGAGAGGAACACUUAUUCAGGGUGUAUUGAGAAUUAAUCCAAAGAAGUUUCAUGAAGCCUUCAUUCCUUCCCCGGAUGGUGAUCGAGACAUUUUUAUUGAUGGUGUUGUUGCUCGUAAUAGAGCCUUGAAUGGGGAUCUGGUGGUCGUGAAGCUGCUUCCAGAAGAGCAGUGGAAGGUAAUUAAACCAGAGAGCAAUGACAAAGAAACAGAAGGUACCGAUGAAUUAGAUCUCCCUGAAGAGCUCUGUGGAAGCCAUCUCCCGCAGCAGUCCGUGAAAGGCUAUAAUGACAGUCCUGAUGUCAUUAUAGAGGCUCAGUUUGAUGACAGCGACUCGGAAGAUGGACAUGGCAACACACAGAAUGUUCUGGUUGAUGGUGUUCAGAAACUCUCAGUUUGUGUUCAUGACAAAGGAAAAGAAGAUGCCGAUGCCCCCGUCACAAAAGAUGAGAGCACCUCCAUGUCACAGGACACAAGAGUUUUAUCAGAGAAGUCUCUGCAAAGAUCAGCAAAGGUGGUUUACAUCUUGGACAAAAAACAUUCCCGAGCAGCAACGGGCUUUCUCAAACUCUUGGCUGAUAAGAACAGUGAACUGUUUAGGAAAUAUGCCCUGUUUUCUCCCUCGGACCACCGAGUGCCUAGAAUUUAUGUGCCUCUCAAGGACUGUCCCCAGGACUUUGUGACCCGGCCUAAAGAUUAUGCCAACACACUGUUCAUCUGCCGCAUCGUGGACUGGAAGGAGGACAGCAAUUUUGCCCUGGGGCAUCUGGCUAAGAGUCUUGGGCAGGCUGGUGAAAUUGAGCCUGAAACAGAAGGAAUACUAACAGAGUAUGGUGUGGAUUUCUCUGAGUUUUCUUCAGAAGUUCUAGACUGUCUCCCUCAAGGUCUGCCCUGGACAAUCCCACCAGAGGAAUUCAGCAAGAGAAGAGAUUUAAGGAAAGACUGUAUCUUCACCAUUGACCCAUCUACUGCCCGCGACCUCGAUGAUGCCCUCUCCUGCAAGCCGCUUGCUGACGGCAACUUCGAAGUGGGGGUUCACAUUGCUGACGUCAGUUACUUUGUUCCUGAGGGAUCCCCUCUGGAUAAAGUAGCUGCUGAGAGAGCCACGAGUGUCUACUUGGUUCAGAAGGUUGUCCCCAUGCUUCCCAGGCUGCUGUGUGAGGAGCUGUGCAGCCUCCAUCCCAUGACAGACAAGCUGACCUUCUCUGUGAUCUGGACACUCACCCCAGAGGGCAAGAUCCUUGGUGAAUGGUUUGGUCGGACCAUCAUUCGCUCCUGCACCAAACUGAGCUACGAGCACGCACAGAGCAUGAUUGAAAGCCCGACUAAGAAAAUCCCUGAGAAGGAGCUGCCCCCCAUCUCCCCGGAGCACACCAGCGAGGAGGUACACCAGGCCGUCUUGAAUCUCCACGGAAUUGCAAAGGAGUUACGCAAACAGCGGUUUGUGGACGGCGCGCUGCGUUUGGAUCAACUAAAACUUGCUUUCACUCUGGAUCACGAGACUGGAUUGCCUCAAGGAUGUCACAUCUACGAGUACCGUGACAGCAACAAGCUCGUGGAGGAGUUCAUGCUCUUGGCCAACAUGGCAGUGGCCCACAAGACCUACCGCGCCUUCCCUGAGCGCGCCCUGCUGCGCCGGCACCCCCCGCCCCAGACCAAGAUGCUCAAUGACCUCAUGGAAUUCUGUGACCAGAUGGGGCUGCCCAUGGACUUCAGCUCUGCCGGGGCCCUCAACAAAAGUCUGACCAAAACAUUUGGAGAUGACAAGUACUCACUGGCCCGGAAGGAGGUGCUCACCAACAUGUGCUCCCGGCCCAUGCAGAUGGCACUGUACUUCUGCUCGGGGACGCUGCGGGACCAGGCACAGUUCCGGCACUAUGCCCUCAACGUACCACUCUACACCCACUUCACCUCCCCCAUCCGCCGCUUUGCUGACGUCCUGGUGCACCGCCUCCUGGCCGCCACUCUUGGCUACAGGGAGCGGCCGGACCUGGAACCCGACGCCCUGCAAAAGCAGGCCGACCACUGCAAUGACCGCCGCAUGGCGUCCAAGCGCGUACAGGAGCUCAGCACCGGCCUCUUCUUUGCCAUCCUCGUGAAGGAAAGUGGCCCCCUGGAGUCAGAAGCCAUGGUGCUAGGCGUCCUGAACCAAGCCUUCGACGUGCUGGUGCUGCGCUACGGGGUGCAGAAGCGUGUCUACUGUAAUGCGCUGCCCCUGCGGUCCCACCACUUCCAAAGGGUGGGCAAGAAGCCGGAGCUCACGCUUGUCUGGGAGCCUGAGGACCUAGAGCAGGAGCCGGUGCAGCAGGUCGUGACCGUCUUCAGCCUGGUGGAGGUGGUGCUGUGGGCGGAGACCUCGGCCCUCAAGUACAGCGCCACCCUGAAGCGGCCAGGCUCCGAGGGCCUCCCGGGCCCGCAGGAUGAGGAGGAAGCGUGACGUGACGGUGACGACGACCUCCAGCCCAGCCGCACCCCACCCACACCUCUGCCCCACCCGCUGGCUUUUAGGAAUAGGGCCUUUUGACACCAAAGGGGAUUUUUAAUUUGGUUUUUAACAACUCAGGGUUUUUGUUUUUAUUUCUUCGUUUUGCUUUAUUUUUGCAGCUCAGUUUUUAAACAAAUUGCAGAGAGGAGAGGGUGGGGCCGGACGGAAGGCUGAGGCCCGGCUGGUGCUUAACCAGAGCAGAACAGGACUCGGUCCUCCCGGGAGGCCAGCCCCUCUUCUGCCUGCCCACCCACUGCCUUCCCCUGCCCAGGAAGCCGGGGGUUUUCAGCAAAUCAGUGUCAUGGAAUAAAAUCAGGUGUGAAUCGUGGUCCGCUGUGUGGGGCACCCCUGGGAGGCCAGGGCCGCAGGGUGCCUCUGGGACCCACGACUGGGGACCUGGCCCGGGCUCCACCCCUCACAGCUGAGCUGAGAUCGCCACCCUCCGGAACCUCUCUGUCAGUUCCAGGAUGAUUCACAGAGCUGGCCACAUGUCACACUGUUGCCAGGGCCUCAUUCCGGCUGAUUAGAAAUGUAAUUAGUAUGCAAGACAGCAAGCUCAGCCAUCACCCUGCCUCAAGUGGCUGUGUCCGUCCCUGCCCCCACCACUUCCUCUCUGCCUGCUGGCCUCAGGAUGGGGGAGGCACGGGUCCUAUAACACCCCCCCCCCCCCUCAGGUCCUAGGCCAGAGCUCUGAGUGGCCCUGUCCACACCCCCUUGGUUCAAGCUGGCCCCUCAGCACCUCCAGCGCCCGUCCCAAACCCUGGCAGCACCCCGAGGGGUCCUGGCCUGCCAGAGGGAAGGAGGGCCCUCAAACUGGCCUUCCCCACCAGGGAUGGGAAAAUGGGUGCCUGGUGGCCCUAGGCUGGCCUAGUCACCUGCCUGGCAUCGUCCUGAGCGCCCACCAGUGGCACCGUCCUCGGGGACCCAGGGACAGAGAUGGAGGGCCGUUGGGCGGUGCUGUCUCCCCAGCUGGCCUGACCACGGCCUGCACUCCUUCCCCACCUAACUGGGAAACCACAGAUCAGCUUCCCCAGGAGCCGCCAGGAGCGAGGGUGAACGGUGCCCCUGGCCCCGGCUCCACCGUGCCGUUUCCUCCGGUGUCAGUAUUAAGCCCAUUUGAUCCGGUGGCAGUGAAUUUCCUUCAAAGAAAAACUCAGUACGAUACCCGGGAGGAGGGCCUCGCAGGAAGUGGAGGGCUGAUGGAGCCGCUGCUUUUGCCCACCGGCAGGCCAUGGCCCGUCCUCAUCCAGCACCGGGCUGGGUGUCAGAGGGGAAGGGAGGACACCGUUCGGUUCCUUUCUCUUCCUCCAGCACCCUAGCCAGCCUUCCAAGUGUCCAUCUUGCCACCCCCUCUCCGUUCCUGUCCCCAGAACCUUCUCCUGCAGCCAAGUAUCUGGAAAGGAAGACGGGCGAGGGUCUGGUGGUUUGGCCUUUGGAGGAGGAGAUUUCUGGGUGUUUGCUGUCCCGGGCAGCCCGAAAGAGCCCCGGUGCUGUCCCCGAAGGCCUCCCAUGGAGCCUGGGAGCUGGGGGCAGGGCAGAGCCCCCAUGGAGUGGCACCCCUCAGGGCAGCGGUGUGUCAGAGCAGCCGGGCUCCCUCUCGAGCAGCGUGGACUCAGACCGGACCCCCCUCCCGCUGCUCCAGUGCCCCCCGAGCCCUGGAGAGGCAUAGCCAGCUUGGUCAGCAAAGAUCUUGGCUCCCAGCGCUCGCUUGGGAGUCGCCCUGAUGCACUCUGGAGCCCUGGGGGCCAUUGCGGCCCCAGCCCACCCCCACCCCAUUUGACAGAAGUGGAAACUCUACCCAGCAAGGAAGCAGGUCUCUGGCCAGAGUGACACAGCGAGACUGCCCAGCCAGGACCAGGGCUCAGGCACCUGCCCGCCACUACACCCCCACUGCCUGUGGGCCCAAAGGAGGCGGCCCAGCGCCCUCCCCAAGUCACCGGAGUUCGUCUUCAUCCCCUCCCCUGGCACACGGGGCUCUGGCAGAAGCCCACGGAAGGGGCCGCCCCUCCUGUGUCCCCAUGUGAUGGAGCUCUUGACAAAAGGAUGACCAGCACAAAACCUCGUCAAAAAGGAA